GUAUAUAUAUGGUCAGGCUCUGUAGCAAAGCAUGGUCACUCCGGAAAACUCAGCAGAAGAGGCAAACAUGACUGAGCCACAGAGUACCCCAGAACAAAUGGCUGCUGGCAAAAGCCACGGAGGGAUUGGUGGAACUUAUAAGAUCACACUCUAUGAACUGGAGAAUUUCCAGGGUAAGAAGUGCGAGUUGACUGGGGAAUGCCAAAACCUUAGCGAGAAAGGACUUGAGAAAGUUGGAUCCAUCCAAGUGGAGUCUGGACCAUGGCUCAGCUUUGAACGUCAAGCAUUCGCUGGGGAGCAGUUUGUUCUUGAAAAGGGUGACUACCCACGAUGGGACACGUGGUCCAACAGCCACAGGAGUGACUAUGUGAUGUCCAUCCGUCCCUUGAACGUUGACAGUGCCGAUCACAAGAUCCACCUAUUUGAAAAUGCUGGCUACAACGGAAGGAAGAUGGAGAUUGUGGAUGAUGAUGUACCUAGUCUCUGGGCUCAUGGCUUCCAGGACCGAGUGGCCAGUAUUAAAGUUCUUAAUGGAACCUGGGUGGGCUAUGAAUACCCUGGCUACAGAGGCCGUCAGUAUGUGUUCGAGAAGAAUGAAUACAGACACUGGAACGACUGGGAGGCCAACCAGCCACAAAUCCAGUCUGUUCGCCGUAUCCGUGACAUGCAGUGGCACAAACGUGGCUGCUUUGUUCCUACUCCAGUGGCGGCUGCUGCUGCUGCCCCAGUUCCAGCCCCAGCAAGCAGCUGAAGGAGAACAAAGCACACCCACCAGCUACAAACCUCUUCUGCUGAGAAGCACGGCAAGAAGAGACGCAUGAAAUGAUUUUAAAAUUUGAUAACGUCUCUUUAAUGUGUCAGUUCGUAACCUUGAAUAAAGCUCUGGGCUGCAGAA